AUGGUGGAGGUUCAGAACAUGCAGGACUUUAUGGGGAGAUUUUCUGAAAGCCAAGUACUGCUCCAGGAUGCACCCUGUGUGCAAAGCUGGCAAUAUGGGGAAUCCCAUGUAUGGAAAAGGAUGGUGGAAGCAAGGGAGAAUAUGGAAAAGGAAAUUGAGUGGAGACUGGGCAAGGGGGAAUUAAGUUUUUGGUGGGACAACUGGAAUGGGAAGGGUGCCAUUACUACAAGGCACAAUAUAAGGGGGAAAACAAAGUCAAAAGAUCUUGUAAAGGACUUCUGGCUUGGUAACAGGUGGAAGGAGGAAAGUCUGCAGGAACCUGUAAGAAGAGACAUUAGGGGAUUGAGCUUGAGACAAAAUGUAGAAGACACCCCAAUUUGGCUGCCUGAUAAGAGUUGUGGCUUCUCCCUUGCUUCAGCAAAGAAAUUGGCCAGAGAGCAGAACACAGUUAGCUCAGCUAGGCUAUUUUGGUAUGCAAAGAUUUGGCAGAAAUAUGUGCCCUGGAAGGCUUCCUUCCUUGCCUGGAGGGUCUUCAAGAGGAAACUUCCCACAGAUGAUAGGUUGAGGGCAUUUGGAUAUCAACUGGCUUCAAGGUGCUACUAUUGUGCUCAACCUGAAGCUGAAAGCUUGUCUCAUGUGUUCUGUGAGGGGGAAACUGCCAGGAGGGUGUGGCAAUACUUUGCUGGGUCCUUGGGGCUCUUGCUGCAAAUCAGAAGUGUGAGCCAAAUCUGCUAUGACUGGUGGAGAAAGAGGCACAGGAACAGAUUGGUUAAGUACAUGGCUGAUAGGCUCCCAGUCUUGAUUCUCUUGGAGCUGUGGGCACACAUGAACCAGUGCAAGCAUGGGAAUGAGAAGGUUUCAGGAAGCAGAAUAAUUUUUAAAGUUUCUAAAGGAAUAGCAGAUUGUGUCAAGAGGAAGUGGCCAUCAUGGGAUCCAUUCCCUCCAAAUUGGAUCUACAUCCUGAGGAAGGCUCAAGGUUUUGGAUGCACAAGGAUUGUAAGAAGUGUUUUUUGGAAUAAGCCACCUCUGGGUUGGCUCAAAAUUAACCUUGUAUGGAAUAGGGAGGGCUGUGGGUUUAUCAUAAGGAACUCCCAGGGUGAGUUCAUGCUGGCUGGAAUUCAUGCUGACCUGGGGCAGGCUCUAGGAUCUUGCUGA